GGAGGGUUUAACUGCCCGGAAACGGAAGUCCCGUUCUUUUCCGGUCCCCUCGCUUCUCGCUGCUUACGGUGAUCAUCUCUCGGGCGGUGCAGUCCGCGCCCAGUUCCUGCGGGCCUCGUAACCAUGCCUCGGAAAAUUGAGGAAAUCAAGGACUUUCUGCUCACAGCCAGGCGAAAGGAUGCCAAGUCUGUCAAGAUCAAGAAAAAUAAAGAUAAUGUGAAAUUUAAAGUUCGAUGCAGCAGAUAUCUUUAUACCUUGGUCAUCACAGACAAAGAGAAGGCAGAGAAACUGAAGCAGUCCUUGCCCCCAGGUUUGGCAGUGAAGGAGCUGAAAUGAACCUGACACUGAUUUGAACUGUAUUAAAAUUUUUUAAAUUCUUGA